AUACCUUUAAACCGAGGAGGAAGGCGUCUCUCUCUUUCUAUCAUCCAUCUGCCCAUCGCUCUUAACGAAGAAACCGAUUUCUCUCUGUAUCACGGCCUUCUAGGUUACGUUUCCUAACUGUCCGUUCCCGACUUUUCGGUUAAUCACCAACGCCGAGACGUUUCAGACACGAACGUCGGCUUGGGAAAGGAACUUGACCCAUACUCAAUAGCCUUUUCGACGGACGUUUUCUCAUUAUCCCUCUACACCGAAUCACUACCAAGAACGGGAACCGUCCUCCAAGUCCUUACGUCAACCCAGAAAGCCUCGCCCCGUAUUCUGAUCCAGUUCCAUCUGGGCACCCUACGAUCGUUACCUUUCCUUCACGCCAGGCCUCUCGGACCAUGGCUACUAACGACUUCUAUUACGGCAACCAGCCGCCAUCAACCGGACCCUCUCAGUCGCAGUCACCUUAUUACGGCGCUGCCUACGUACCAUCUCCUGUCUCGACGCCUGCGCCGCCCUAUAGCUCAAGCGGUCCCGUUCCGAACACGAGUAAUAGGCCGCCACGCAGCGAGACCGUCUCUCCCUUCGACACAGUCUUCGACGACACUGCCUACCCGGCAGACUCGACACAGAACGGAUUUCGACCCAGUCCCUACGGCGGCGGCAGCAACAAUAACGUGAUGCAACAACCCGGUCCCUACGGCGGCAGCAGCAACAACCACGUGAUGCAACAACCCAGUCCCUACAACGGCCACGACACUGGCUAUCAUGGCCCAGGUGCAUCGAUAUCACCCGUCUCCAGCCGCCCGGCGCAAGCACACUUCGCCGACGACAUACCGUUGCAAAAUCAUGGCUACGGGCCCAAUCCGCCGCAGAAGGACGUCGAGAUGAAUGAUCAUGUGUAUGAAGCCCCGACUUCACAAAGGAGAAAGACGUCGAGGAAGGUCGGGUUUGGCCAGCUUGGCAUGUUUGGCGCCGACAAGAAGCGCAUUCCUUGGGUCGCAUAUCUCUUCACUGCCAUCCAGAUCGGUGUCUUCAUCGGCCAACUCGUGAGGAAUGGUAUCCUCACUGGUACACCGAUCAUGAUCAGGCCAGCUUUUAACCCCAUGAUUGGCCCGUCCUAUUAUGUCAACAUCAACAUGGGAGCACGCUAUGUUCCCUGUAUGACCGUCCCGGAGGAGAUCAAAGAAGCCACAAUCAACAUAUUCUGGCGCUGUCCCAACACUACCACCAACGACCCGCUCAGCGGCUCGAACCGUUGCUCCCUGGGGGAGCUCUGUGGAUUUGGCGGUGUGCCCGAUCCCCAGGACCCAGAUGCGAAGGGCGUGCCGAAUCAGUGGUUCCGAUUCAUCACGCCCAUAUUUUUACAUGCCGGUUUAAUCCACAUCGCCGUCAACAUGCUGCUGCAGCUAACCAUAGCCAAGGAGAUGGAAAUGGCCAUCGGGCCUAUCCGCUUCUUCCUCGUCUAUAUGAGUGCGGGCAUCUUCGGCAAUGUCAUGGGUGCCAAUUUCGCCGGCUCGGGCGAGGUGUCUCAAGGUGCCUCCGGUGCUCUCUUCGGGAUCAUCGCGUUGACCUUGCUCGACCUCCUUUACUCCUGGAAAGAGCGUAAAUCCCCAGUCAAGGAUUUGCUCUUCAUCAUCCUCGACAUAGCCAUCUGCUUCGUCCUCGGGCUUCUACCUGGUCUCGACAAUUUUGCCCACAUUGGCGGCUUUCUAAUGGGGCUCUGCCUCGGCAUCUGCGUCCUCCACUCUCCCAAUUCCUUGAGAAAGAGACUCGGCCACGAGACGUCUUACGCCACAGUCAAUGUGCCGGCUAACGAGGGCGGAGCACCACCCUUCGUGAAAAACCCCACUGGGUUUUUCAAGGGGCGAAAGCCGCUUUGGUGGAUUUGGUGGAUCCUUCGAGCUGCGGCUCUCAUUCUCGUCAUUGUGGUCUUUAUUGUGCUUCUCAACAACUUCUACGUCGGUAGGAGGGACUGCAACUGGUGCAAACGUCUUAGCUGUUUGCCGGUCAGUAAUUGGUGCGAGAUGGGAGAUCUCAGCUUUGAGGAAAUCGUAGUGGACCCUUCUCAGUGAAGGCGGCGAGAUCAUCUCUCGAGCUCUUGUUCAUUGAUUUUUUACCUUUUUUUUUUUUUCCACUUCCUUGACCGCCCAAUUUCUCCAUGCUUGGAGCUAAUAGUCUUAUUACCUGUGGACUUCCCUUUCUAUGCAAAUCGCGGCGUUCUGGUUUCGGGUUGAGUCAGUCUGGCUACACACGAUGAUAACCUCCUGAGUCCCAUGCUCGACGUUGGGACAGGAAUGGCAAUGCAAAGGGACUUUUGAGUGCAAUGGGAGCAUGCGAAGACUGGGCUCUCGCGGAAAAGGUGCGGAAUCAUCCUUUGAGUAUCGGCGGGACAUCAUAAGAAGACCCAAUCCCAGGAACAGGGCAUUUUAUCUGGUAUAUCCAUACACUGUAUCCACUCUCAAGAGCUGGUUAAACAGCUUUCUUAAACAACCCUGCAUAUCUGGGCAUAUGACAGGGACUGAUGAUGCUACGAACCAAAAACAGAAUCGUUUUAACGCCGAG